AUGGCUGGUGAAACCGGACCUUUCAAUAUGUCUCGCGCAAUGGCAAUGGUGAUGGCCGGAUUGUUUACUCUCGCAUGUUAUAAUGUGCUAGAAAUCAGCAUUUCGAUCUUCACCACCUUCCGACGCCGCAGCGGCCUCUACUUCUGGAGCAUGGUGGUCGCUACACUGGGAAUACUUCUCCACGCCAUUGCGGGAUUCCUUCGCUACUUGGCACUCGCCCCUAAUUUUACUAUGGGUUUGCUGGUCUGUAUCGGCUGGUAUGCUAUGGUAACCGGCCAGUCCGUGGUGCUCUAUUCACGCCUCCACCUGGUGACCACCCAUGCGCGCUAUACUCGCUGGGUUCUAUACAUGAUCAUCAAUUUCUUCGCCUUGCACAUUCCAACCACCGUCCUCUUUCUCGGAAGCAACCACGGCGUCAACGAAUUCAUCGAGCCAUUCAAUAUCUACGAGCGCGUCCAACUGACCGGAUUUUCGCUCCAAGAGACAAUCAUCAGCGCUCUCUACAUCUGGGAAGCAGUUACCGAGUUGCGACUUCUAUUGGCCAUGAAAGGCCCCUGCGGCCAACGAGUCAUCUCAAACGUCGUCAUCGUCAACGCUCUCGCCGUCUUGCUAGAUGUGACUCUUCUCGCCACGCAGUACUCCGGUUAUUUCACCAUUCAGACGACCCUCAAGCCGGUCGUAUACAGCAUCAAGUUGAAAAUGGAAUUCACGGUCCUCAAUAGUCUGAUCGCCGUGGUCCGCACGAAUCCGUCAAAUAUUGAAGAUUUUCAACGAUUACACAUAGAAGAUCUCAAUAUUAAGCCGAGAUGGAGUGGUGACCACUCUGAUGGGUCAGCCACGGCCGAUACCCCUUGCGCUGAUGACCACAGUCAACGGCAAAAAGCAAGCAAAGAAUCGCCUUUGCAGACGCAUCAUUCCUGGGUUUCUUCCAACAAUCAAUUAGGAUGCGUAUGA